AUGAACGGCGACAACUAUUCGUCUAGAGGUGAGUCGACCGCUAGCUGGUGCAAUAGACCCAACGCUGACAAGAUGCUUGCGACGGAAGGCGACAGCCGACGAGAUCAUCAGCCCUCACGCAGCGACCGAGGCGAACGUGGCGACAGAGGCGACCGCGAUCGUGGUGACCGUCGUGAUCGCGGCGACGACCGACGAGACAGACACAGAGACAGAAGACGCUCACGAUCGCCCGACCACCGCCAACGCCGUGACCGAGACCGAGACGGCGAUGCAUAUGCUUCCAGCAGAAACCAUAGAGAUAGGGAACGCGAGGAGCGAUAUACGGGAGGCCGCGACCGUCGAGGCGACAGAGAAUGGGACAGAGAUCGUGGCAGCUCGCGCCGCGAUGCUAGACGCGAUGAUGACGGCCAUGGCAGACGCGAUCGUGACGGAUUUGAUGAGAAUCGUCGUGGGGGUAGAGACCGCCGCGACGACGGAUUCGCUCGCCAGCAAGAACGCCGAAGCCCGUCCCCUCCCAAGCGCCGUGAGCCCACGCCCGAUCUGACCGAUGUCAUCCCUGUUCUGGAGCGGAAGCGCCGCAUGACGCAGUGGGAUAUCAAGCCUCCUGGAUAUGAGGCUGUCACAUCGGAGCAAGCGAAAAUGUCGGGCAUGUUCCCUCUGCCUGGUGCGCCGCGACAACAGCAGAUGGACCCUACCAAGCUUCAAGCUUUCAUGAACCAACCUGCCGGCGGCCAAGUCAGUAGCGCUGGGUUAAAGGCCAGUAACUCGCGACAAGCCAAGCGUCUUCUAGUUUCCAAUCUUCCCAGCGGAACGACUGACGACGCGCUUGUUGCUUUCUUUAACUUGCAGCUGAAUGGUCUCAAUGUCAUUUCGGCCACGGACCCUUGCGCACUAAGCCAGCUCUCGAAUGAUAAGUCUUUUGCUGUUCUGGAGUUCAAAAAUACGAGCGAUGCUACGGUUGCACUUGCUCUUGACGGAAUUUCGAUGGAGGCCAACGGCCCAGGACUCAGCAUCCGUCGUCCCAAGGACUAUGUCAUGCCUGCUGUACCAGAUGAUAUCAUGUAUAAUCCCGACGUCGUGUCCGAUUCAGUACCUGAUACCAUUCACAAGCUCUCCAUUACAAACCUGCCACCGUUUCUCACCGAGGAGCAGGUUUUGGAGUUACUCGCAGCCUUCGGCAAGCCCAAAGCCUUUGUGCUCGUCAAAGACAGAACCACGGAGGAAUCAAGAGGCAUCGCAUUUGCCGAGUAUGCCGAGCCUGGUUCUGCUAACGAGGCGGCUCUCAAGGCCCUUAGUGGCAUGGAUGUCGGCGGCAAGCCGCUCAAAAUCACCAAGGCUUGCAUCGGUGGAACACAAGUGGCCAACUUUGAUGCUGGUAUUAAUGCUAUCAGCAACCUCGCUGGUCAAGGAAAUGGAGGCGAAGCCACCAGAGUUCUACAGCUUCUGAACAUGGUUACAGCUGAGGAACUGCUUGAUAAUGAUGACUACGAAGAAAUCUGCGAUGACGUGCGGGACGAGUGCUCCAAGUACGGCAAGAUUCUGGAUCUCAAGGUACCACGUCCUGCCGGUGGAAGCCGUCAAUCAGCCGGUGUCGGCCGCAUUUUCGUCAAGUUUGAAUCGGUAGAUGCUACAACCAGCGCCCUCAAGGCACUGGCAGGCAGAAAGUUUGCCGACAGAACCGUUGUCACGACGUACUUUCCCGAGGAGAACUUCGAUGUUAGUGCCUGGUAA